ACCGCAGUACUGUACCCGGAUUAUAGCGCGCGCUGCGGCACAUAUACACACACACACACACACACACACACUAAGCCCCGCACCGGUCUAACAGCGCUCACGCAUACACACAUAAACACAGAGAUAAACAGCGCUGCGGCGGAAACAUGUCAAAACCAGAGGAGAAGAAGGAGUCUGGCGGAUGGAAAGAAUUAUUUUGGAAUCCGCGCACACAUGAGCUGUUGGGCCGAACCGCAAGCAGCUGGGGUUUGAUUCUGCUCUUCUAUGUGGUCUUCUACACGUUUCUUGCUGGAAUGUUCUGCCUCACCAUGUACGUUAUGCUGCUCACACUUGAUGAUUAUACACCAACCUGGCAGGACCGACUUGCUACACCAGGAUUGAUGAUCAGGCCUAAAGGUGAAGAUUUGGAAAUCAUAUAUAAUAUAAAAAACACUGAGAGCUGGGACAAAUAUGUUCAGGCACUCAACACCUUCCUCACCCCUUAUAAUAAUUCUCAUCAGGUGCUGAAUAAUGAUGCAUGUGUUCCGGAUAAGUAUUAUCUUCAGGAGGACAGCGGGAAUGUGCGUAAUAACCCCAAAAGGGCGUGUCAGUUUAACCGCACCAUGCUCGAGGAUUGUUCUGGACUUGUUGACCGAACCUACGGUUACAGCGAUGGAAAACCCUGUGUGCUCAUCAAAUUGAACAGGGUUAUUGGAAUGUUGCCAGGGAAAGAUGGCCAGUCUCCAUAUAUCACCUGUGGAACAAAGAAGGAGGUGAACAGUGAUUUUGUUGAUGUCACUUAUUUUCCUCCUAAUGGGACAUUUAAUUUGAUGUAUUAUCCGUACUAUGGCCUACGCGCCCAGGUGAACUACACUCAGCCUCUGGUAGCAGUGAAGUUUGUGAACGUAACUCUGGACACUGAUGUGAACAUUGAAUGUAAAAUCAACUCCAACACAAUCACAGAAUUCAGCGAGCGUGACAAGUUCGCUGGCCGAGUUUCCUUUAAACUGCGCAUCAACAGUAUCUAGACACACAUACACACACACUCUCUCACACUUCACACACACAUACACACACACACACACUCACUCACUCUCUCACACACACACUCACUCUCACACGCUCACUCUCUCACACACACAGACACUCAAGUCAAAAAGUUGCUUUAUUGGGCUGAAAAAUAUUAACAUUUGUAUUGCUAAAGCUUAGGUACAGACAAACAUCUCUCUCUCUCUCUCUCUCUCUCUCUCUCUCUCUCUCUCUCACACACACACACACACACAAUCGUGCACACAGAGUUUUCAGUUAGUCAGUGAGUCCCUAACAGUUUAUUUCCUGUUUGAGGAUGUGAUGGAUUUGCAGUCUGACUUUGUCAGUAACAGGGGGAACAUUUUUUUGUGUGUGUGUGUGUGUGUGUGUGUGUGUGUGUGUGUCUAUGGAUUCGUGUGUGUCAGUAAUUGUGUAUGUUGAUUAAUCCUUCCAUAAUUGAAAGAAAAAUAUACAGAUAAUCAGAUCAGAUUGAGGCUUUAAGGCUGGGCAUAAAGAGUUUUGCUUUUGUCGGAGGGGCUAAUGCUGUUGAGUGGCUGUGGCCUAAAUUGUGUGUGUAAACAACAUUUAUUUAUUUGCUGUUAUUUAUUUUAUUUAUUUAUAUAAUAAACAUAUUAACAAGCUGA